UUUUUCCCCUGUUGUUUUGUUAGUUACAUUGUAUUGUAUGUAUUCCGUCAAGUUCAGCUGUAACGUUUGAUAAUCGCAGUGCUUAAAUAUUAAUAUUUAAGCUGAAUUCAGCUCCUAUAAAAUCUGUUUGCAAACAACAUUCGUUUUGAACAGUCCAUGAGGUUGACUGUUGUUUUCAGUGGUGCUUCUCAACUGAAACUUAUUUGUAAUUUUACCUUCAUUUCUGGUUUUGCCUAGGAAGUUUUGACAACCCCAUGGAAGAUUCAGUAGUAUAGUUAGUGAGUCGGUUGUUAUAUUUCAAUUCUUGCAGUAGCAAGGUCAAUCAAGAUCUAGUUCCUCCUGCAACUUUUUCACUAAAAGAGCUGGUGACAAUUGCUGAGAUAUGGAGCUUCAGUCGUUUUCAUUUGACGAUGGUCAACGAAGAAUCUAUAAGAAUCAAGCUCAUUCUUUUAGGUGAUUCGGGAGUGGGGAAGACCAGUUUAAUUCGUCGGUUUGUUGACGAUCAGUUUAUACACAAUGAGGCAGCCACUAUUGGAUUCGAUUUUAUACCAUAUCAAUUGGUUGUAGAUGGUGAGACGGUUCAGUUUAAUAUAUGGGACACAGCUGGUGCAGAACGUUAUAGUGGUUAUCUGACUCCUUCAUUCUAUCGGAACGCUCACGGUGCUCUUUAUGUAUAUGAUGUUACUUCUGUACAAAGUCUUUCGGGGGUAAAGUAUUGGGCUGAACAAACAGAACAGUUCUGUGGUGGUCGGCUUUUGAAAAUGCUUGUCGGGAACAAAAUUGAUUUGGAUGGCCGUGUAGUUUCGAAAAAAGAAGGUUCAGAUUUCGCUCGAAGACUUGGAUCACUUUUUGUGGAAACUAGCGCAAAAACAAGUGAGAAUGUUCGUGAUGCAUUCGUAGAACUUGUUCGUAAAAUACUUCAAGAUCCUGAAUUCAGAUCAGCCUCGUCGUCACAACCACCUAAAGGUUUACCGUUGGAGUGUAAACAACCUGAUUCAUCACUUUCAACGUGUUCGUGUUAAUAUGAAAUUUAAGUCAAUAAGAUAACGGUUUAUCUAUAAUCAGAUGCAUUCAACAAUCAAGUGUUCAAUUACAGAAGAACAAAUCGCGAACUUACUGAUGCCUGUGAUCCACUUUAUUGCCUUAUUCCUUCUUACUGGCCUUUUUCCUGUGAACAUUAUCUCUC